UUCAAAGAGGCGGAGUCGCAGCUCGCGCCUCACUCAGACAUAAAGGCGACAUGGAUCCAAACACAACUAUCCUCCGAGUUAAGCGGAAAAGAGGAGUCGAUCCUGCGGACGCUUUGUUACUGGCGUGCAAACGGAUUCGACCGGAGACAUCCCAGAACUCGACGGAAUCGGUUCCGGAGUCCAGUGAAGCUGAAGUGGAGAGUUCUGUGUUUAAGCUUGUGACGACUGUCGCGACACAGGAUGCUCCCGUUCAGACAGAGGUUCGACAGGCAUUGGCCCGCCCUCGUGUGGCUCAUGCUCUGCGCCCCUCUGUUGCCAGUUCUCAACGAAUCAUUGGAGACCUACGCCACACCAAGUGGAGCACCAGGCGGGAGGAACGCUAUAGAAUACUGUCAAGCCACCGUGCAGGGCUGCCUAGUCCAACUGAGCAACAAAGCUUGCCAAUGGCUGCUUCUGAAGGUGCAGGUGAAACUGUGAAAGAGCUGGAGAAGCCUUGGAGUGUUGGGGAGGUGCAGGUGGUCGAUCUGGUGCAUGAAGAUGCCAAAGAUGAGGACAGAUCUGCUUUUAAGGCCCUGACCUCCGAUCCUGAAACAAUCCUGUGUAACAACGUGAAAAUGCUGCGGGAGCGCCUGAGCGUGUCUGGAACAGGAGUAGGAGAGGAACACCGUGAGCAGAACGAUGACUACGUCUACGACCUUUACUACCAGGAAACGGCCACACCGGGCUGGAUCCAGGACAUUCUGUCUGUCAGGGCUUACGUCGAUGAGGGAGAACUGGUGCCUGACCAUGUUGUGCACGAAGAAGAGGUGUAUGAAGAUGAGGAUGAUGAAAAUGAGGAAGGCAACUGGAGGAAUGAUUACCCAGAUGAAGAAAGCAACACAGACAGUGACAGAGAGGAGCGCUAUGGUGGAUACUGGGAGGAGGAGCACUCGUACAGCCAGAGGAGCUGGGAGCGCUAUCAGCGGGAAGUGCUGCGUGAGCUGUGCUGCCAUGGUAGCGACAACAAUGAUGAUGAUGAUGAUGACGACGAUGUUGAUUGUGACAACUAUAAUUCCGAUUGAUCUUUUCCACGUUCCCCAACAACCUCUUGACCAACAAAACCAAACUCCAGUGACCACUGUGUCUGUAAGGGUGACUGGGGGAGAACUGCUACGCCUGCUAUGUGCUAAAAAUGUAAUUUUUCAAAUAUCAGUGCCCAGUUUAGCAUGUUUGAGCCAAAACAGUUUGAGUACAUUACUAGAAUGCAGCCUCCAAAGCCAACUUAUUUUCCUGACUGUCAACGGAUUUAGAUCAUUCUGGUAACAAGUCAUUUAUGCUCAAUGUCAUCCAGCAUUAGUAUUGUUAAUGGAGAUAUUUUGCAGCAAAUUUAUUCCGAAAUGUUUCCCGGCGGUGCAUUAAUGUGUGUUUUGUCUCCAACCAUGUUGUAAUUGUAUUUGGUAUGGUGAGACUGAAGUGCUGCAAUUUUUAUUUGCUUGUCCCAUCUCCAUCCGGCAGUUGGCCGGUCAUAUAAAACACUUUCAUGUUUUGAUCUUGAGACUGAAUCACUCUGUGGGUGUGGAUUUUUUAUUAUUAUUAGUUUUGGAAUAAUAAUAAUAAUAAUAUCACAGAAUGUCUCUUGUACUGUGCUGAACCGAUACUGAUGGCAGUCUGGAACAUAAUCAGGGGAAUAAAAAAAAUUUAUUGGGAGUUAACUGGCAGUUGCAGAUGUUUUAACUUAAAAAAAAAAAGUGUUCAGAGAUGCUGCAAACAUAAUAAAAAUCUAUAUGUUAAUUAAAGCACUAAAGAAUUUAACUAUUUGCCAGAAAAAACUUUUUUUUUUUCUUUCUUUUUGGCGGGAAGCACCACAUAAGUGUAUGUAUGUAUGUAUUUAUUUAUUUAUUUUCCCCUUUGUGCAUGGCUUGGCUCUAUUAAAUUUUAGAGACAUUGGUCUCACACCUGUGACUCUUCACUAAACAAAUGUUGCAGGAGUAGAGGUUUGUCUUUGCAGCAGGAUCCAGAGUGUGUUUAUUUUUUAAGCUGAUGGAGUGAAUUUUUUUCUUUUCUGUGAAUGUUAGAAGUUGUGUGCAUUAGUGCGGUAUACCUUGUGUGCUAUGUGCUGCUAGUGAGUCGUUUUGAGCCGCGUGUUUGCGUUUUGUGUGUGUACCUGUGCGUUAGAUUGAGUACUGUGGAAGCGCGAUGUCUAACUUUUAUUGUGGGUGUGCAAGUUAAGCCAAUAUGCUCUGAAUUUGAUUAUGUUCCAUGGAUGCUUGUUGACAAAACAUUUUUGUAAAUAUGUAGAUGUGUAUAAAACAAAGCUUUGAAAAUAAAGUUAAAAUAUGAA